AUGCAGGAGUCCCUGCCCAUCAGAGCCUGCCGCAUCACAGUCGCCUGCCCAUCAGAGCGCUGCGCCAUCAGAGCUGCCUUAUCAGAGCCGUGCCCUCAGAGUCCCCUGCCCCAUGAGAGUCCUGCCCAUCAGAGUCCGGCCCCCGCGCCGUGCCGCGCAUCGUCGCGCCCCGCACCAGCACCCCCCCCACCGGCACCCGCGGCCCCGUCGCCCGCUGCUACCGCCUGCUGCGCCUCCGGCCCUCGCCCCCGUGGCCCGCCCUCAGCGCCCCAGCUCUCGUCUCGCGCCCCGCCCGACCCCGGGCCUCGCCACUCGCCCCCCAGCCGCUCCCCUCCCCCUGCCGGGCCCCGGCGCCCCGGCCCCCCGGCGCGGCGCCCCCCCUCACUCUCGCCGUCACCCCCGCCGCGCUCCUCCUCCCCACGCCAGCACCCGCUGCCGCCCAGCCGGCCACCCGCCCCGCCCGCCCACCCGCCCGUCCCGCCCCCGCCUUGGCCCGCCCGCUCCACGCAGCGAUUGCCCGCGGCGCCUCCCCCCCCCCCCUCCGCGGGCGCCCCCCCCCCCUCUCCCCGUGCGCUCCGCCGCCCCUCCCUCCCCCCCGCUGCACCCCCCACCGAUGGGACCCCCUGCCUGCGGGUCCCCCCAUCACGCCUCCGGCAGGUCGCCCCGUUCCUAGCACCCACCGCUGUCCCCGCCCGCCGACCCCCUUCCCCUACCCAUCAGAAGCCCAUAACCCAUCAGAGCCUGCCAUGCAUGGUCCCUGCCCAUCAGAGCCUGCCCAUCAGAGUCCCUGCCGAUCAUAGAGCCUGCCUAUCAGAGCCGCUGCCCAUCAGAGUCCUGCGCCCAUCAGAGUCCUGCCCAUCAGAGUCCCUCCCCAUCAGAAGUCCUGCCAUGACAGAGCCUGCCCAUCAGAGCCUUGGCCCUGCAUCAGAGCCCUGCCCAUCAGAGUCCCUGCCCAUGCAGAGUCCCUGCCACAUCAGAGUCCAGCUGCCCGAUCAGAGUCCCCUGACCCAUCAGAAGUCCCUGCCAUCUAGAGCCCUGCCCAUCAGAGCCUGCUGCGCCAUCAGAGCCCUGCCCAUCAGAGCCCCUGCCAUCAGAGCCUGCCAUCAGAGUCCUGCCCUCGAGCCUUGCCCAUCAGAGCUGCCCAUCAGAGCCCUGCCCUCAGAGCCUGCCAUCAGAAAGCCUGCCAAUCAGAGCCUGCCCCAUCAGAGCCUGCCCAUCGAGAGCCUGCCCAUGCAAAGUCCUGCCCAUCAGAGCUCGCAUGCAGAGUCCCUGCCACAGAGUCCCUGCCCAUCAGAGCCUGCCCAUCAGAGCAUGCCCAUGCAGACCCUGCCCAUCCAGAGUCCUGCCAUCGAGCCUGCACAUCAGAGUCUGCCAUCAGAGCCUGCCCAUCAGAGCCUGCCAUCAGAGCUGCGCAUUCAGAGUCCCAUGCCCAUCAGAGCCUGGCCCAAUCAGAGCCCUGCCCAUCAGAGCCUGGCCCAUCAGAGUCCCUGCCCAGAUCAGCGUCCUGCCCAUCAGAGUCCCUGCCCUCGCAGAGCGUUCCCAUCAGAGCUGCCAUCAGAGGUCCUUGCCGCAUCAGAGCUGCCAAUCAGAGCCUGCCCAUCAGAGCCUGCCCAUCAGAGCUCCUCAUCAGAGUCGCCUGCCCAUCAGAGCGCCCGAGCUGCCCAUCAGAGGCCUGCCCAUCAGAGCCUGCCCAUCAGAGGCUGCCACAACCAGAGCCUGCCCCAUCAGAGCCUGCCCAUCAGAAACCUGCCCAUCAGAGAGCCUGCCCAUCAGAGUUCCCUGCCCAUUCAGAGCCGCCCUGCCCAUCAGAGUCCCUGCCCAUCAGAGUCCCUGCCCAUCAUGAGUCCUCUGCCCAUCAGAGGAGCCUGCCCAUCAGAGCCUGCCCAUCAGAGCCUGCCCAUCAGGAGCCUGCCCCUCAGAGCCCCGCCCUCAGAGCCCCAUGCCCAUCAGAGCCCUGCCCAUAAGACCCUGCCCAUCAGAGCCUCCAUCAGAGCCUGCCUAUCAGAGCCUUCCCUAUAG